ACACACACUAGACUUUCGUCUUCAACUUCAACCGCCGUCGGCAGGCAGGCUUGUAAUCCUUCCCUCCUCGGCAUUCCUGAGCCAGCCACCGUAUUCGAACUCCGGCAAACGCUGGAAGGUAUGCUCUUUCUUGAAGAAAGGAACCUUUUUUUUGCCAUCUGGGUUUUUUUUUGUUCUUCCUGGUAUUGUGUUUAUAUACUCGAGUUGGUUAGUUCUCCGUUGUUGUCGUAGUUUGAGCAGGUUUUUAUCGAAUAAAAUUGAAUAUGUUUGUUGGGAAAUUUCAGCUUCUCUCAUCCUGAAACUACUCCAGCUCUCAUCUUUUCAGUGACCAUUAGCACUGAUGUGUAGCUAUAUGUCUGAGAUACAAUUGCUUCCUUCUUCUAUAUCAACCCUUUCCGUUGUUCUUCUUGUUCAACUUGGAAUCGUUAGUUACGUGACUUACGUCAUCUCCGAAUGGCUAUUAAUUUUGUGCGUUGUGGUGAUCAGAGUUGCUUGGCAAGAAAUGACGGUGGAGAAAUUGCAGAUGCCAAGAGUUCAAUUCCAUAUCUGAAGCUUCAGUCAUGAGAAAUCAAAAGCAAUCCCUCCAAUGCUUGCACGGAAACUUCCCUGCCAUCUCUUCUUCAACCGGUACAGCGUUUCAUAUAUUCGUGGUUAUUCAGGCUAUCACUUAGCUAGAGGUUACUUGAACUCUCAUAUAAACUCCUUUCUCUCCAACCAAACCCCUGCUACUCUGCAGCAUCUUCUGCAAUCCCAUGCUCUCAUUAUCACCACAGGAAAUGCAGGGAAUGUAUUUGUAUCAUCAAAGCUCAUCGCUUUCUAUGCAGCUUUCAACCAAACCCGUUGCUCCAGACAAAUUUUUGAGCUGGUCGACGAGAAGGACACAUUUCUUUGGAACUCCAUUAUCCACUCUCACUUCUCGAAUGGUAAUUAUGCUGUGGCAUUCGACUUUUAUAUCCGGAUGCGGUUGCAUAAUCCAUCACCCAGUCAGUUCACUAUUCCCAUGGUUGUUUCCUCCUGUGCUGAGCUUCAGUGGCUGAAGGAGGCGAAAACUGCACAUGGUUUAGUGGUGAAGUCUGGCCUUUUCAUGGGGAACUCAGCAGUCUGGUCAUCUUUUGUAUACAUGUACGCAAAGUGUGGGGUCAUGGAUGAUGCAUCUCUUGUGUUCAACGAAAUUUCUGAAAGAGAUGUAGUGUCAUGGACUGCUCUUAUAAUAGGCUAUGUACAGAAUGGUCAGAGUGAAAGGGGUCUAGAGUGUAUCCGUGAGAUGCAUGGGAAUGAUCUCGAUGGAGAGAGAAUGAAUUUUAGGACACUUGAAGGAGGAUUUCAAGCCUGUGGGAAUUUGGGUGCUUUGAUUGAAGGUAAGUGUUUACAGGGUUUUGCUGUGAAAACUGGACUUUGGUGUUCGCAAGUUAUUCAGUCUUCCCUUUUGUCAAUGUAUUCCAAGCUUGGAAGCGUCGAAGAAGCUCUCGAUUCUUUCUCCGAAGUGUUCAAUAAGGACCUCUUCUCAUCGACAUCAAUUAUAGGAAUUCAUGCUAGGCUAGGACUUAUGAAUGAUUGCAUGUCCUUGUUUUGGGAUAUGCUAGCUGCUGGCUUGCAUCCAGAUGGGAUUGUUAUGAGUUGCAUGCUUCUGGGUUUUGGUAAUUCAUCGAGUGUGACUGAAGGAAAAGCUUUUCAUUGUACUAUCAUAAGGAGAAACUUUGCCCUAGAUCAGAUUGUCACUGAUGCAUUGCUAUCUAUGUACUGCAAGUUGGGACAUAUAAGACCAGCAGAGAAGCUCUUUCAUAGGCUAAACAAACAGAAUACUGAGUCUUUAAACUCCAUGGUUUGUGGUUAUGCCAAGGCGGGAAGGGAAGACAAGUGCAUAGACCUUUUCAGAGAGAUGCAAAAACUGGGCUGCAAACCAGAUCCCAACACAUUGGUCUCUGUAAUCUCUGUGUGUUCACAGAUGGGAGCAACUGCCACCUUUUGCCGCUCCUUACACUGUUAUAGUAUAAAGAAUUUCAUGGAAGACGAUAACUCGGUUGUCAAUUCAAUCAUUGACAUGUAUGGAAAGGAUGGUAAGUUAACCAUUGCAGAAAGGAUUUUUCGUGGGUCUCAAAAAGAUGUUGUCUCUUGGAACACAAUGAUCGCAGUAUACUGUCAUGGCAAGUGUUUUGUGGAGGCAAUUGCAUUGUUUGAGGAAAUGGUACAGCAAAAUGUUAACCCUAACUCUGCCACAUUUGCAACGGUGCUCUCUGCUUGCUCUCAUCUUGCUGACCUUCAGAAAGGGGAAAUGGUUCACCGUUUGAUUAAGACCGAUGAGCAAAAUGUAUCUCUUGCAACUGCAUUAGUCGACAUGUAUGCCAAAUGCGGUCGACUCAACAAAUCAAGAGAAAUAUUCAACUCAAUGAAAGUCAAAGAUUCCAUUUCCUGGAAUGUUAUGAUAUCAGGGUACGCAAUGCAUGGAGAUGCAAUAUCUGCAAUCGAGAUAUUCGAGGAAAUGGAGGAGCAGUCGAAUAUCAAGCCAAAUUCCCUAACGUUCCUGUCUCUCCUUUCAGCUUGUGCACACUCGGGUCUUGUUGAGGAAGGGAAGCACCUAUUCUGGAAAAUGAAACAGCAUUCUGUGAGGCCAAAUCUUAAGCAUUAUGCAUGCCUUGUGGACCUUCUUGGAAGAUCAGGCGGUUUACUUGAGGCUGAAGAGUUGGUUUUGUCAAUGCCCAUUUGUCCUGAUGGUGGCGUCUGGGGUGCUUUGUUAGGAGCUUGUAAGAUUCAUAACGACGCCAUAACAGGGAUAAGGAUAGCAAAGCAAGCGAUUAAGACGGAUCCGAAAAACGAUGGAUACUAUAUAGUAUUGUCUGAUAUGUAUAGCUCCAUUGGAAAGUGGAAGGAGUCGGAACGAGCAAGAGAGAUGAUGAAGGAACAGGGUAUAGAGAAGACUACUGGAUGGAGCUUUGUGUAAGCUUUUCGACCAAGAAAGAAGGUCUACUGCCAAAGUUGGCUUGAAUUACAAUUAUCUUAUUGCAGCAUAGGAUUCCUGAAGUACUUCUCUUGUACAUAAAGAGUAAAAGCUAGA